AUGCUUCAAUCUGUUUCUCGGCUUGCCGCUUCCAAAACCUUGCUUCCAGCAGCAGGAUUGGCUGUCCGCAGCAAACACACACUUCCCGACCUUCCGUACGACUAUCAUGACCUUGAGCCCGUUAUCAGCCAUGAAAUUAUGCAGCUUCAUCACCAGAAGCAUCAUGCUACCUACGUUAACAACCUCAACCAAAUUGAGGAGAAGCUUCAUGAGGCUGUUUCCAAGGGAAACGUCAAGGAAGCGAUUGCCCUUCAACCGGGCUUGAAGUUCAAUGGUGGUGGUCACAUCAACCAUUCCAUCUUCUGGACAAAUCUCGCCAAGGAUGGCGGUGAGCCGUCUGCCGAGCUCAUGGCCGCUAUUAAGAAGGACUUUGGCUCGCUUGAAAAUCUCCAGAAGACGCUUUCGGCUUCCACCAUCGCUGUUCAAGGAUCCGGAUGGGGAUGGCUCGGAUACUGUCCAAAAGGGAAAGUGCUUAAGGUGGCGACGUGCGCCAACCAGGACCCACUCGAAGCCACCACUGGCCUCAUCCCAUUGUUCGGAAUCGACGUUUGGGAGCACGCCUACUAUCUUCAAUAUAAAAACGUGCGCCCAGAUUAUGUCAACGCCAUUUGGAAGAUUGCUAACUGGAAAAAUAUUAGCGAGAGAUACGCGAACGCCAAACAAUACUUAAUUUAUAUAUAA